AAAAAUAUCUUUUCCCUUAUCAUAUAAAAUCUCCAUUCAGGUUCCACUUUCACCUUCCAUUUGGUUUUCAAGUGUUUCUUGAAAACCUUAUCACUUAACCCCGCCUUAAACCCUAUCAAAAACCUUAGCAAAAAUGGCUUUACUCCCUUGUCCAUUGAAAUAUAGUACCAAAAUGAACACACUUUUUGUACUAAAAAAAUCUUCAUCUUCACUAACAUCAAAAAGGGUCACUAUAAAUCCCAUUUCCAAUAUCACCAGCAACAAAUUUAGUCCAAGAAAUGCCCUCGAAGUUCCACAAAAUCAUAACUUUAACACUUCUCUAACACUAUCAAGAACACCAAAAGAAUGGGUUAAUGGUAAUUUUGAGUAUAGUGAUGUAAGGGGUUUUAGUGCCACUGCAACAGCAUUGGUGGAUUUGGACGAGGAGUGUGAUGAAGGGCUUGAGAUUUCAAAACUUGGGAUUUGUGAGGAAAUUGUUUCUGCUUUGGCACAAAGGGGAAUUACUAGUCUUUUUCCAAUUCAGAAAGCUGUUCUGGAACCAGCAAUGCAGGGAUCCGACAUGAUUGGCCGAGCUAGAACUGGAACUGGAAAGACACUAGCUUUUGGCAUUCCUAUCAUGGAUAAGAUCAUUCAGUUCAACAGAAAAAAAGGACGAGGAAGAAGCCCUUUAGCAUUGAUCUUGGCUCCUACUAGAGAACUUGCACGUCAGGUGGACAAAGAAUUUUAUGAGUCUGCUCCUGUUUUGGAUACGCUGUGUGUUUAUGGCGGAGUACCCAUUUCACGCCAAAUCAGCACUCUUAACAGGGGAACAGACAUUGUCGUCGGGACACCUGGUCGUAUCAUUGAUUUGUUGAACAGAGGGUCUUUGGAUUUGUCAGAUAUCCAGUUUGUUGUUCUUGAUGAAGCUGAUCAAAUGCUUAAUGUGGGAUUCGCAGAGGAUGUCGAAACCAUUCUAGAAAAUGUUAGACAGAAACAUCAGACAAUGAUGUUUUCAGCCACAAUGCCAAGUUGGAUAUUGAAACUUACCAAGAAGUUCUUGAAGAAGCCAGUUCACGUCGAUCUUGUGGGAGAUUCUGACCAGAAAUUAGCUGAUGGCAUUUCCUUGUAUUCAAUAGCUUGUGACAUGCGUCAGAAACCAGCAGUUCUUGGACCCUUAAUAUCGGAGCAUGCAAAAGGAGGCAAGUGUAUUGUCUUCACUCAAACAAAGCGUGAUGCUGAUAGGUUGGCAGGCGCUAUGCAAAAAACUUUGAGGUGUGAAGCUUUGCACGGAGAUAUCUCACAAAGCCAGAGGGAGAGAACACUAUCUGGUUUCCGAAAAGGUCAAUUUAAUGUAUUGGUGGCUACUGAUGUUGCUGCUCGAGGACUUGAUGUACCUAAUGUUGAUCUGGUGAUACAUUACGAACUUCCGAACAAUUCAGAGAUCUUUGUUCAUCGAUCUGGUCGAACUGGACGUGCUGGGAAGAAAGGAAGUGCCAUUCUCAUGCAUUCCUUAAGACAGCGUAGGGAUGUAAAAGAUAUUGAACAUGAUGCCGGAUGCAGAUUUACUGAGCUCCCAACAAUUAAAGUAGAGUCUGGAGCAGCAGAAAUGUAUAGUGACAUGGAGAAGGAUGUUGGCCGCUUUGGCUCCUACGGAGGUGGCACCAUGCGUAGUCGAUCUAGUGAUUUUGGUGGAGGUCGUUCUGGUGGCUAUGGAAAUAAGAGCAGCAGGUUUGGUGGAGAAAGCGCUUCAUCUUCUGUUCGAACAGGUGGAUAUGGUGGAACUGGUUCAGGAAGAUCAAGGGGUAGCUUUAGUGGACCUAGCUCGGGCCGCUCAGGAAAGUUUGGUGGUGGUUCAAGAGACACACAAGGCUCAAAACGUUUGGGUGGUUUUCGUAACUUUGGUGAUUUUGGAAGCUCCAGAAGUUCAAACCGGUCAACUAAUUUUGCAGAAGAGUUUGGUUUAGGCCGUUCUAGAAGAUUUGAAGAUUCGGAUUACGGACGAAACAAGCAUUCAAGCCGUUUUUAUGACUUCGGAAAUGUCAAGGAAAGCGAUGAAUGGUGAUCAGAGUUGGGGGAGGAACCAUUACCAACUCCGUUGCAAGGAGGCGGGUCCGGUCGAUAGAUGAUGGUGAAGAUGCACUCGGAUAUGUCUAGUGUGUGCCUGAUUACCAGGUGCUGUAGUCAGAGAAGCAGCCGCAACACCUGAUGAUGAUCUCAUUACAGUAUAAAAUAACACUUCAACAUCCACUUUGUCUCAGAAGGCACUUACAUGUAUAUGUAAUCAAUAGCUACCAAGUUCUGGCAUCAUGUUUCUUUGCUUUGUGUUUAUAAUUCUUUGAUCUCAAGCUUGAGUUGAAUACUUUUUGCAAGAGAUCAAAUUGGUACUUGCUAGAGUAUCUAGACCUUAUUAAACCAUUUUAUGAGGAUGUAUUGAAUCAUUGAAUCAACUGGUGGAAAGUGUAUUUAGUUUUUCUUUUGCA